CGGAUCCUCGCCCGAAAAUAGCCGCCGACUCGCGAUUUUCAGUCGACUCUUUGAAAUUUAUACCUUUCCCUCACCUCGUGACAUUCGAAAAAAAAGAUAGGGAAAACUUAUGUCACCUCAGGCAUAAUCUUAUUUGCACCAAGACAAGCUACGACAAUGAAAAGCUCGUGGGCGUAGAAAACAAUCUCAUUUCGUGAUUUUUCAUGGUAGAAUGAAUGACUAAUAUUUAUUUGUAUCUUCAAUCGAAAUUAAAGUUUUCCGAAAUGGAAUCACUAUAGUUAUCUCUACACAUUCCAACAUAUCUUCAAUGUAGCCGUGAAAAGACAUUAUACCUGUGAUGUGAUAAACCAGAACUUUUCUCGAGAAAUAUUCCUAAGAAUGUUACGUCCAUAACCUGUGAAUUAUGAUCAAUUUGAAUCAUUAAGAGUUUUCAUUGAAGACAGAAACUGCUAGAACUGCCACCGUCGUUAAUCAGGAACUUCGAUUCAAGACAGAAUGAUGAGUUUCGCAGAUGUCAUAUCAGAGCCAGAAUCAAGAAAAGUGGGUUCAGGCUAUCCGGGAAACGCUGUCUCAGACUGUUCCAGCUACGAGUCACCAUGGAAUCCACCCCACCAUUAUUUUGGAACGAAAUUCUCCGGGAACAGCUGCGGAACUGAGGGAAGUGAACACCAAGUUCCCGAGUACCAUAAUCUCUCAUCAGUCGUUAAACCUGAACCCAGAUCACCUGAAAGUUGUCUCGGACCUUACUCAUCGAGUUCCUUGCAGAUAUCAGCAUCACCGUGUCCGUCAAGAAGUUCUCACAGUUGGUCGUCUGUAAAGAAGGAGUUGAGCUCUUCGCGUAAGGUACCAGGAUCAAGCCAAAACUUCAUUGUCCCUACAGAUUGUGCUCCUUGCUGGGAAGAUUCUAACUCAACGCACACAGGAAAUCAAAGAAGAGGAUCCUUGCAGUUGUGGCAAUUUUUAGUUACCCUUUUGGAUGACCCAGGAAACGCUUCCUUCAUAAUUUGGACGGGUCGAGGAUUAGAAUUCAAGCUGGUUGAACCUGAAGAGGUUGCACGGAGGUGGGGCAUCCAAAAAAAUAGACCAGCAAUGAACUACGAUAAGCUGAGCAGGUCUUUACGGUACUAUUAUGAAAAAGGAAUAAUGCAAAAAGUAGCAGGUGAGCGCUACGUCUACAAAUUCGUAUGCGACCCAGAUGCGCUCUUCAACAUGAGCAGUAGCUGCAGCUCGAGCAACGGGAACACCUGCCACCGGGGCCUCAAGUCGGAGGCCCUCUGCUCGCUCAAAUCGGCAGCCUACUCCGAAGUCAUGUCCACCAUCUACAACACGGGCAGCAACUGCAAUUACACGACUCAGCUGUCCCACUACCUGACCUACGCCUCCGGAGAGCCCCCUCACGCCUCGGGCAUGUUCAAAUCCCUCAACUCUCGUUGCUUCACCUACCACCAACAGAGAUUCAACAACCAGGAGAGAUUCAUCAACUACAACAAUCAGCAUUGCCUCGGCGACUACGCGCCCUGCUACAACCGCGAGGAUGGCUACCGGUCCAACCAAGAGGGGAUCAAAUGCUACAACUACGAUGCCCCCGAUGCGAAUUGUGACGGCGCCACCGGUGUCAAUAAUAAUUUCGAUAAGUUCGAUAGGAAUAGCGAGGGCAGGAGCAAGGAGGAGAGAAAGAGGGAAGCUUACGAGAGUCAGGAUGACGGUCUCUGCCGGUCGCUGUCGAAAGAUAAGUCGAGCUUUGAAAGUUUGAAUUUGGCGGCUCCGACGGCAGAGAGCGCGCAGAGCCUCGGCGAAUCCCCAGAGAGGACGCGGCCGGCUGUCAAUCUUGAGUCGCUCCAAUGUGAUCUCUCGCACCAUUCGCAUCUUGAGAGUAACCGGUGUGAGUGUUAAGCUUGAAAGACCACGUAUUUCCCUUCUUCCGCAAUCGUCAGGGACUGAUAUAAAAUAUGCCGAAGGUCAAGUCAGAGAAAAGGAACGCGGCCGACUCGGAGAACGA